GUUCCCCUCCCCUGGAGUGCCCGCUCCCCGCGGGCCGUAACAGACAGCGCUGUGCGUACCCGCAGGAGAAGAGGAUCGCCCGCUAUCCCUACCAGUGGGCCCUGAUGGAAAGGGACAGACGGGUCUCGGGGGUCAACAAGUACUACGUCUCCAAGGGUCUGGAGAACAUAGACUAA